AAACCUGCCUCUGGGAGGGAUUUGUGUUGGUGUGAGGCUGUUGUGUGCAGUGGCUAACCCAAGGCACUGCCCAAGAGGAUUACUUCCCUUUUUCCCGCCACAAAUGGUAACGUCUGUCCAAUUCACUGCAGAAGAGUUUCGUCCAGAGUAACAUAGGAAAUAAAAGACAAAAACAGGGAGCAGAUUAUGGAAGUGAGUUUGGACUUCCUCUCUGACGUGCAGAUGUCGCACAAGGAGGUGAUGAGGAACGGUGUGCUGAAGUCCACCCAGGCCAGUACCUGUUUAAGUGGUCAGUCAGUCAAAGAUGUGAUUCUAAACAAGUGCUACAUUCCGCUUUCGGUCAGCGUAGGCGAGGCAUACGAGAGUGAGACCUUGGACUUGGAAAGUGUGAUUGCGCAGGAGUUCAUAGAAGGCACUGAGGGUGGUAAGUUGCUCCUUUGUGGAGGACAAGGGAUGGGAAAGACCACGGCAGUGGAACAGCUUAUAUGGGACUGGGCCUCUGGGAUCAAUCUUCAGCACUUUGCGUUUGUCAUGCGAUUGUGUCCUAGUGUGCUGAGUGGACCUGACCAGAGUUUGCAGAGCAUGCUUCUCAGUACACACACUCAUAUCUCUGCUGAGCAUCUUGAGAUCAUCUUGAAGACACCUCACACAAUACUUCUUGUGUUGGAUGAUGCCCAGGACCUUCUCUCCAAUUACCCUGAAUCUGAUAAGCUGGUAUGUGAGCUACAUCAGCCAGCAGAGGGCACCGUGUUGGUGCACAGUUUACUAGAGGGUUCUCUGCUACCUGGUGUGUCCUUACUCCUCACAUCCAGGGAAGCUGUCGAACUGGAAUCUGCACGUUUUGCUAACCUGAUAGGUUUCUCCAGCUCCCAAAGGAAAGCUUUCUUCCAGCGCUUCUUCGACGACAAAGAUAAAGGAGAGCAGAUUCUCCAUCGUUGCGAGCAAGCCGUGGGAGUCAAGGAGCUUUGUGCUUGUCCUGGGUUUUGCUGGACACUGUGCUGUGUGUGUAAAGAGCGACUAGAGCAUCAAUAUGGUGUUCCAGAGACACUGAGUGAGCUCUACUGCGUGAUCACAAACACACUACUAAAGGAGCACAAGGUGAGCGUGGAGAUGGCAAAGGAACUGAUUUACGGUUUGGGGAAACUUGCAGAACAGUGUACGUCUGUCUGUACACACCCUGACAUCAUCAAAUGUGGCCUUCAACCCUUUCUGGGCUCCAAGAUCCUGACUGAUAUCCUGCAAGUCAAUGCUGGCGAUGGCGCUUCUCCUGAUGCUACAUUCUCCUUCAGGUCCCUGACAUUAAAAGACUUUUUAAGGGCAGCCUACUUUUAUCUUGACCGUGACGAUGGCAGGAUCGUAGAAACUCCAAUGGAAAUCCAAAACUACCAUUUUUUUCUUGCUGGCCUUUCAGAUCCUAUGCAGAGGAAACUUCUGGAAACCUCAGCAGGUCUUUUCAACAGUGGCCGUAUCUCUGAGUUCCACCGCUGGCUCAUGAGCGUGGCUGCGGAGGUGCUGCCGAGCAUGAACAAAAUGAAUCACUGGCAAGUCUUGCGUAUCCUUCAUCACACGCUCAGCCCUACACUGGUAAGAGAGAGUGUGAGCUCGUGCAAGUGGAGGUUGAUCAGCUAUGGUGGCAUGCAGGACACAGAUUGUGCAGCGCUGGCAUUUGUGGUGCGAUGCUUAGGAGAACUGCAGGACCUGAACCUGUACAUGAGUUCACUUACAGAGGAGCAGGCGGAGAAGCUCGUAACUGUCUUCCGCUUGGCCAAAACCAUCAACUUGGAUCAAAGCAAAGUGAGUGUUGGUGUGAUCAGACAUGUGGCUCGGGCGCUGAAGGACGGACAAACCAACGACGUCAGCUUGACCCACUGCAGACUGGGAGACGAAGCAGUCAAGAUCCUGUGUUCCUCCAUCACACACUCCAGCCUGCACACACUCAACUUGUGGGACUGCCAUCUGACACCGGCAUGCAGUGAAGCGCUCGCUGAGAUGUUGACCGCUUCUAAGCUGCGUGUGUUGAACCUGGGAGCUAACAAGAUAAAGGAUGAAGGAAUUGUCCGGCUCAUCGGUGCGCUCGGGACAUCCACGUGCACGCUGCAGAAUCUUUGCUUGGAUCUCUGUCGUUUGACUGGAUCAUGCUUGGCUGUGCUGUCAUCAGCCCUGACAUCUUCUCUCUCAGAGCUGAGGAAUCUUAACCUGAGAAGGACCAACCUGGCUGAUGAAACUCUGGAACAUCUCUCACAAGCGCUACAAAGUGGCCGCAGCAAACUCAACACACUGAGUUUAGAUUCCUGUCAGUUGUCCGGUUCCUGUUGCCCAGCUCUAGCAGCCGCACUUCAGUCUGAACACUGCUCUCUGACCGAGCUGGACCUGUCCGUGAACGAGCUCGACCAAUCGAACGUGCUCCUCAUCUGUGAUGCUCUGAAAUCCCCCAAGUGUUCAUUAGAGAAGUUAUGUAUGAACGCGUGUGAGCUGACAGAGCCGGUGUUCAGAGCACUGGGCAGCGUGUUGGUGUGUGAAGCUUCCAGGCUGAAGGAGCUCACCGUCGGAGUGAACAAAGUAGGCGAUGCCGCGGCUAAACACAUCCUGAAGGCCCUGAAACACCCUACCUGCCAGCUACAGCAUCUUGAUCUCGAGAUGGUGCAACUGACGGACGCCUGUGUGGACGAGCUGUGUGAAGCCGUCAUGGCGUGUGGCUCCUUAACCAACCUGAUUCUGAAGAACAACAACCUCACUGACGAUUCUGUCCCCCGACUGGUCAAGCUCGUUCAAGAUCGUCCUGCUUUACAGCUGAAUGUGCAGUAUAACGACUUCAGCGAGGACGUAUUUGAGCUGAUGGACCCCUACGAAACAAUACGCUAUUAACCCUGCGUGCACUUUCACACAGCUAGAAGAAGCUUAGAGCCUUUGAAUAUACGGCACGUGGUAUUAAUACCUCAUUUUCUGCGAUAAUGUAAUUCACUAAUUAUGCGCUCUGUGUGUUUUCUGCUUUAUCCACUAAACCAGAGGCAGGCCUAAACACUGGUGAAGGCUGUUCGUAUGAAGCAAGGAAUAAGUGCAUCAGUUUAUUACAUUGCAAUGUACACCAUUACAUGCUUGCUAACUAAGUUGCCUAAAGAUUUAAUAUAAAAGUUACAUGAACUUAAUCAUUUAUAUGAGGUAUAAAUAUUAGAUGACAUACAAAAUCUGUCAUUUUUCGUCACUAUGCAUAAAUCUAUAUAGCUAUAUAGCUAUCUGUAUAGCUAAUAGCUUAUAACACAGAAAAAGACUAACAUUUCAUAAUCACGGUUACGUUUUUUUAAAGGUCCACAUGCAUAAACCUGAGAAUUUGAAAGGAGUUAUUAAUGAACCCCAGUCUAAACUUUAUAGAGAUUACAGCAAGUGAUGUUAUUGUCUCUAAGGAGACGCCACAGAAUAUUGAAUGGAAAGCAAUACGGUAAAACCUUUAAAAGAAAAAUAAUUGUAUUACUUUUUAUACCUGAUAAACAAAUGCAUCUGGUUUGCAAAGUGGGGUCUGUUUUU